AUGGCGGCGAGUCAGGGAGGUGGUGGUAGCAGUGGGGGCGGCGGUUGUGGUGGAGGUGGAAGUAGCGGUGGCGGUGGAGCGGGCGGAGGAGGUGGUGGAGCCGGAGGGGGAGGCGGCAGCGGCGGCGGCGGGACCCUGGUGGUGCCCAUCCCGGUACUGACUCUCUUCGGCCAGCCGUUCCCCAACGGGCCGCAGUGGAACCCGGGGAGCCUGCAGCCUCAACACACCGCGAGGAGCCUGGACCGGGCCCUGGAGGAGGCGGGCAACUCCGGCAUCCUGAGUCUCAGUGGUAGGAAACUCCGAGACUUCCCCAGCUGCGGCUACGACCUGACCGACACCACCCAAGCAGAUCUUUCAAGAAAUCGUUUUACAGAAAUUCCUUCUGAUGUCUGGUUAUUUGCACCUCUUGAAACAUUGAAUUUAUAUCAUAACUGCAUCAAAACCAUUCCCGAAGCCAUUAAAAACCUGCAGAUGUUAACAUACCUUAACAUUAGUCGAAAUCUUUUAUCAACAUUGCCAAAAUACUUAUUUGAGCUUCCCCUUAAAGUUUUGGUCAUCAGUAAUAAUAAACUGGUAUCCAUUCCAGAAGAAAUUGGGAAGUUAAAAGAUUUAAUGGAAUUGGAUAUUAGCUGCAAUGAGAUUCAGGUCCUUCCUCAACAAAUGGGAAAAUUACAUUCACUUAGAGAGCUAAACAUCAGAAGAAAUAAUCUUCAUGUGUUGCCAGAUGAAUUAGGAGAUCUUCCCUUAGUCAAGCUGGACUUCUCUUGUAAUAAAGUGACCGAAAUUCCAGUUUGUUACAGGAAGCUGCAUCAUUUACAAGUAAUGAUUUUGGAUAAUAAUCCAUUGCAGGUACCACCAGCACAGAUAUGUUUAAAGGGUAAAGUACACAUAUUUAAAUACCUAAAUAUCCAAGCAUGUUGCAGAAUGGAUAAGAAACCAGAUUCUCUGGAUCUCCCAUCAUUGAGUAAAAGGAUGCCCUCCCAGCCUCUCACAGACAGUAUGGAAGAUUUUUAUCCAAAUAAAAAUCAUGGCCCUGACUCUGGAAUUGGAAGUGACAAUGGAGAGAAACGAUUAUCUACAACAGAACCAUCAGAUGACGACACUAUCAGCCUUCACUCUCAAGUCUCAGAGUCAAAUAGAGAGCAGACAUCAAGAAAUGACAGUCACACAGUAGGAAGUAAACCUUACUCUCAGAAAGACCAAGAGGUGUAUGAUUUUAUUGACCCCAACACAGAAGACAUAGCAGUUCCUGAACAAGGAGAUGCACAUAUUGGAUCCUUUGUCUCUUUCCGUAAGGGAAAAGAAAAAGGUCCUGAAAAAUCUCAGAAAAAUGAAGAAUUGGGAGAUGAAAAAAGGCUGCAGCAUGAACAGCUGCUCAGCUCAGGCCAGGACUCAAACCGCUGUUGCUCAGAGCUCACAAUCUUGAGAGUUAUAGCUGUUCAAUUUGUGGUCUGUUGGCAUACUUCUAGGAUUUUUAAUCAUUCAACUUGAAACAAACCAAAACAAACUGUGGAACGCAGACAGAAUGUCUCUGCAGAUGAAGUUAAUUCCACAUUAUCACCUCUCACAUGGCAGUCCUUAGAAAAUCAGAAGGAUCAAAUAUAUGAACAACAGUGGCCAGAAUCUCAACCUAUAAUCUGGCAGAAUGAAGAAAGGAGGCGGAGCAAACAGAUUAGAAAAGAGUAUUUCAAGUAUAAAUCAUCCAGGAAGAAUUCAAGUGGCCUUGAAAACGAUGAGGAAUAUGAUAGAACUGAUGGUUUUUCACAUGGUCCUUUUGGCUUGAAGCCUAGAUCAGCUUUUAGCCGCUCAUCUCGCCAGGAAUAUGGGGCAGCAGAUCCUGGAUUUACAAUGAGAAGAAAGAUGGAACAUCUACGGGAAGAACGAGAGCAAAUACGACAACUGCGCAAAAAUCUCGAAUCCAAGUUAAAAGUAAUUUUGCCUGAAGACAUUGGAGCUGCACUGAUGGAUGGGGUUGUUCUCUGCCAUUUAGCCAAUCACAUAAGGCCGCGCUCUGUAGCUAGUAUUCAUGUGCCAUCACCAGCAGUGCCUAAACUGAGCAUGGCAAAAUGUCGAAGAAACGUAGAAAAUUUUCUUGAUGCUUGUAAAAAGUUGGGUGUGUCACAGGAAAGACUCUGUUUGCCUCAUCAUAUUUUGGAAGAGAGAGGUCUUGUGAAAGUUGGUGUCACAGUUCAGGCUCUUCUUGAAUUACCUACAACCAAGGCAUCUCAGCUUUCUACAGCUUGAAAUAACAUUUAAAAAUCAUAAGUAUAUAGUUUCAUUUAUUGGAAUUGAUUUCAAAUCUCGAAUUGAUGAAUAAGAAUGUCUAAUCAAAAAUAAUUUUAUUAGAUCAAGCUUUAGUUUUUAAAAAGUUAUGUGAAAAAUUAUGUUAAAUUAAACUUUUAAUAGCCCAAACUUCAUGUGGGAGAAAACUGGAUUAACUUAAUAAGAGUUUUGGAUAAAUUCAAAUUCUCAUUUUACUUAGUUUAUAAUCUUGAUUAUUUUUGAAAAAUCAAAAUGAUACUAAAUUUAAAAUGUGCUUUCAAUUUAAUAAUCUCAUUAGGUUUAAUUUUUUAAUACUAUAGCAUACUAGUAAACUUCUAGAUAAGGUAAUCUUUUUUACCAGUUUAGAGCAAUUGUGUAUUUGAGUUAUUUAAUACACUUCUAAUUCUAGUUUAUACACAAUUUCUUUAUUCUUUGGUCUCAGUUUUCUAGAAAGAAAAA